AAAACGAAACAGGGAAAAUAAAUAUAUCAUGUUCUAAUUUAACAUAUGUUAGUUUGCGAUUUUAAUUUCAUAAUGAACUAUAAUAACUGCCUAUAUGCUAGUAAAAUGCUGCAUUAAACUUUGGAAGUUAGUAUAUUGGACAGUGAAAAUGAAAGAUUGCUAUAACAUGUUGAUGUACAGAUAACAUUGAACUGAACUUAAAGUGCCUACGCUGAUUUCGUUUACUGCAACCCUUCAUCAGCGACAUACAUACUUUUCACUUUAAAACAACAUGAAGAUCGAUAAUUUCCAAGUGAAUUCCGACAAGUCAGCGACAAGUGAGAUCGCAACUCCGGAAAUCUUCUUGACGGGUACGAGUAGCGUCCUAUCUAUCGCGGGCGCCAUAAUCAUAUUCGCCACCUACAGAUUCGUACCCAAAGAGUAUAAUUUCACGCGGAAGUUACUUGUUUAUUUAACGAUUGCGGAUUUCAUAACGGCGGUAGGAAACCUGGUCGGAGUGUCAAGAUAUUUACAUGUUUAUUGGACAAAAACGCAAAACCAGAACUACACAGGCUUGACCAAUGGCACAGCAAUCAACUCGACCCAGGAGAACAACCUCCAAGAUCUGUGUCGCGUCCAGAGUUUCUUCACCACUGCCUCCAACUUGGCUUCCUUCCUGUGGACGUUCGUCAUCGCCUUUCAUCUUUGGGCUACGGUCAUUCUAAAAAUAACUCUGACGUCACGUAGAAUCGCUCACUUGAUAUACCAUGUGGUCUGCUGGGGCAUUCCAAUUGCGAUUGUGUGCACUGUAAUACCUCACCUAGGAGAGAACUAUCGUUACGGUACGGGCAUCUGGUGCGACCUCAGUAACAGUAACGGAAACAAGCCGGAGCUCGAGCUGCUCAUGUAUCGCGCAGACAUCGGCUGGCAGCUGACAUCCUACGUCACUUCCUGUUUCUUCUACUUGCACAUCAUUUUCUAUCUGUUCCUACAUAAACGCUCCUUGCAAGACGCAUCCAACAACCAGUUUCGCAAGGAAGACAGAAACUUCUUGUUUGUCUGGUUCGUGCUGUACGCCCUCAAAUUGUGGGGAGUCAUCCGCUUUUUCCUUACGGCGUACUUGAACGAUGAUAUGUUACAACGCCCAAAGACUACGACAUGUUUGGAAAUUCUACUGAUCUUUCAGAGUUAUGGUGCUAGCGGACAGGCGUUUUGGAACUGUGUCCUGUUUUGUUUUUGUGAUAAAACUGUUCGCCGGAAAAUGUGUCGAUGCUGGACAGUCCCUGUUGAAGCGAAAGCAACCACGACUAAUGAAAAUACGCCGUUACUGAUCGAACACGAAGGCCAAAUCGAGCGUGCGUCAGCUACCAUCGAAACAACGUUGAUGACCACAAAGCACGACACCAAGCAGAGAGGUUCAACAAACUCACAAAAUGGAAUUUAACCUACUUUAAAUACUUUUACGAUGUAAUGUUACUUUGAUAGUUCUCCGGAUUAGACUUGACAAUAUAAUGUAAUUCAGUUAAAAAAUAUGUACAUAUAUCAUCACUUAAGAUAUUCUGAGACCAAACUGAUCGAUUCACUGCGAUGCUGUGUCAGCUGUCUCCAAUGUUAAGUUGUCUCCCUUACAUAACAACUGGUUCUGUUUAUGAACCGCUGCGAGAAUUUCGAUGCUUCGGUUAAGUGUAUGCAUAUUUGCAUCAAUGAAUGUCAUUUAUUAGAAAUGAUGAUAUACAAAUUUCGUUUACUCGCUUUAAGUCAUUCAAAAGCUGAUAUUUAUUAAUCAUUUAAGCACAUUUAUUGAUUAUCGUAUUGGUAUCAUUCUCAUUAGGUUAUUGCCAGUUAAAAAAAAACGGUAUUUUAGUUUCAAAAUUCACAACCUAUGCCAUUGCAUUCUAUUCAACAUAAACGGUACAUCCAAUGGUAGUGUCAUGAUCGUCCGCCUUGAGCAGGUCAAUGCAAAUCAUGAUUUUAACUAACGCUCAUUUAUAUUAUAAUUCGAGUCGUUUUGACAGGAAAGUUUGUUUAAAAUCUUCUGUUCCGUUAAUUAAUUGAUAAAACUACUUAACACAUUUCCAUGCUUGCGUCAAAGCUUAUGUUAUAUAAACUCUUUCAUCCCGAAAUAGAUGACAUCACAGCAAUACGGCCCAAAAGUUACU